CGCACCGAAAUGCAUUUGUGAUACAGCAGCGCUUGAGAGCGGUUGUAGCGGAAGACAUCAAAAAAAAUUAUCAAAUUGGAUUUAUAUUUAUAAAUAUACAUAUUAUAUAAAUAUAUAUCUGUAUUAUUAGUGUAAUUAAAUUAUAGAUUAAUUAUUAUUUACGAUCUUUGAAAAUGUUGCGCUUCAGCGGUUUGUUACUCUUUUGUUUAUUUCUGUUGACAUCAGCGGAUAGCACGCAAGAUACUGAAGUGACAAAGUUUAUGAAACACUUAGAGGUCAUACCAGAUGUCAUUGAUGUGGGUCCAAAGAAUUUUUUAAAGAUUAGCUUUGAUAGUGGCGUCGGUGCUGAUAAGGGUGUAGAGCUAACACCAACACAAGUGAAGAAUAAACCCAAAGUGGAAUGGACACCAGCGGCUGGCACAUAUUAUACGCUUAUCAUGACUGAUCCUGAUGCACCUAGCCGUGCUGAACCAAAAUCACGCGAAUUUCUACAUUGGCUAGUGGUCAAUAUACCUGGCGAUAAUUUAAACAAAGGUGAAGUACUCACUGAUUAUAUCGGAUCUGGGCCUCCAAAAGAUACUGGCUUGCAUCGUUAUGUAUUUUUACUUUUCAAGCAACCGACAAAAAUACAAUUCCGUGGUGAGAAGCAUAUUAGUAACAAGAGUGCCAGCGGACGUCCUAAGUUCUCAACUAAAAAUUUCAUAAGCAAAUAUGAUUUGGGUGCACCUGUAGCUGGUAAUUUCUAUCAAGCCCAAUAUGACGAUUAUGUGCCCACGGUACACAAGCAGUUGGGUCUAUAGUGUCGAGCGGAGUUGACUGGUUGUUUGGUUAAAAAAACAAAACUCGUUUGAAUUUUUUCAUUUAAAUGUUAAAAGUUUAUAAUUAAUGUUUUUUUAUUGUUAUGUGUUUUAUUGCAUACUAUUUUACUUAUCGGUAAAUUAUUGCAAAAUCAGUGCAUAAAUUAAUUUUGUAUAUUUUAACGUCACACAAUGAAAGUGAAAAUGGAGCGUUUCAAAACCUGAUGCUUAAGAGGCGAUUGCAUAAAAUUAUAAAUUUAUUAUAAAAUAAAGCAAUAAAUUACAUCUUAGUGGAAAAUUUUAAAUAUUCAAA